AUGGCGUCGAAGGAAAAGAAAGAUCCCGUCUUCUCACUCAUUUCUGGCACUGUGGCAGGUGCUGUGGAAGGUGUCAUUACAUACCCAACCGAAUACGUCAAGACACGGUUACAACUUCAAGCUGGCGGCAAACUUCAACCUGGUGAACCACGAUUCAAGGGUCCCAUUGACUGCUUGGUGCAAACAUAUCGUACACGUGGAUUCUUUGCCAUUUACACAGGUGUCAGUGCAUUGGCAAUCGGCAAUGCUGCCAAAGCUGGCGUACGGUUCUUGACCUAUGACCAAAUAGCGAACCAGUUGCGAGACAAGGAUGGCAAGUUAUCUGGUGUUCGAAGUCUAUUAGCUGGUCUUGGUGCUGGUAUGACAGAGGCAGCUUUAGUGGUAACGCCAUCAGAGACCAUCAAAACCAAAUUGAUCCACGACAAGAACAGCGCAUCACCAAAGUACAAUGGCCUUGUUCAUGGAACACGUCUCAUCAUCAAGGAAGAGGGUCUUAGCGGCAUUUACAGAGGUCUGGGUCCAGUGAUGGCACGUCAAGGUGCUAAUAGUGCAGUGCGCUUCAGUUGCUAUUCUACCAUCAAAACGUCUCUACAAAAUUUCCGUGGUCAAGGUGAUGUGCCACUUCCAUCCGCAUACACAUUCCUUGCAGGUGCUAUGGCUGGUAUUGUUACCGUUUACUCGACGAUGCCCUUGGAUGUCAUCAAGACUCGCAUGCAGGGUUUGGAUGCAAAGGUUCUUUACAAAAACUCGGUCGAUUGUUUGGUUAAGGUUGUCAAGGAGAAUGGUGUAUUAUCCCUUUGGAAGGGUGCUACUCCCCGGUUAGCGAGAUUGAUUUUCUCGGGUGGUAUCGUGUUUACAGUAUACGAGAAUGUUUACUCAGGCCUUUCCUAUCUCAAGCACUAA